GCCCGCUCUUCCUUCCACCGAUCAACCGACGCCGUCGACAAUCUCGAGGUAUGUAUCAAUCGUUGCGUCUCCCUCUUCAACAGUCUCACAGCUAGUCUGGGAGAGCAAUCGCAGGCCAGCGGCUCAUGGAUAAAACCAUCGGCCACAUGUCUGCGAUACGCAUCUCCCAUCCGGCACGGGCUGAAGAACCCUUAAAAAAUGCAUUAAGGGGACUCUUUGCGCUCUGGACUACUGGCGGCUGACCGAUGUACAACCCACAAUCCUCGCACUGUUGAGUGUGAGGACUUGGGGGUGGUUCUGUAAUUCAUUAGAUACCUCUUAUCCUUUGAACUCCUCGAUUUGAGAAUCUCGACUCCCAUACCGCCAAAAUGGUCAAGACUUCCGUCCUCAACGAUGCGCUCAACGCCAUCAACAACGCCGAGAAGGCCGGUCGCCGUCAGGUCCUGAUCCGUCCUUCCUCCAAGGUCAUCAUCAAGUUCCUGUCUGUCAUGCAGAAGCACGGCUACAUUGGCGAGUUUGAGGAGGUUGACGACCACCGCUCCGGCAAGAUCGUCAUCCAGCUGAACGGCCGUCUCAACAAGACCGGUGUCAUCAACCCCCGUUACCCCGUCCAGCUCCGUGACCUCGAGAAGUGGACCACCCAGCUUCUCCCCUCCCGUCAGUUCGGCUUCGUCGUCCUGACCACCUCCGCUGGUAUCAUGGACCACGAGGAGGCUCGUCGCAAGCACGUUGCUGGCAAGCUCCUCGGUUUCUUCUACUAGAAGGUUUCCCUUUUAUAAAAGUACCAUCUUACCACACCACUUGAGGGAGUGAGUGGCUGGUAGACUUGUGAGGGAUGAACUCUCGUUGUCUUGGCGGAGUUGGGAUCCAUACGGCCGAAAUGCCUAGAUAGUAUAGAUCGAGUGAUCUCGCAAUAACCAGUCAUUUUCUUUCUCAAUUCUUUUUUUUCUGAAGCUGAAGCUCAGCUUGAAUUGUAGUUGUAGUUGGUGGAGUGGUAGAAAUUGUAGACCGUGAGCCUGAGCCAAGGCCUGACCGCCUAGGCCCCCGAGGCCGCCCGCCUAAAGGUUCCCCGCAAAGUAAGUAUCUCCUUAUCCAUCUCCAUCACAGCAAC